AUGCGUAUUGAAAAUGUAGUGGCGUAUAAGUGCUAUAAUGAAUCCGGCGACAUCGUGGACGAAAACACUUUUCCGAUAAAUAUUACAGGGUUACCGUUCAGUUUCUCGGAAUCCAACAAAUUCACCGUGAUUGGGUGCGAUGACUACGCUUUCAUGAUUGACGAGAUGUACCUUAGUGGGUGUAUUUCUCAGUGUAACAGCACCGAAGCUGUACUGGACGGAUAUUGUUCCGGCAUUAAUGGUUGCUGCCAAAUAUCGAUGCCAAAGAGUUUGAAGAACUACGUUAGCAUUAUGUAUAGUGAUAAUAAUCACACAGGCAUCGUAUCAUUCAAUCCCUGCAGCUAUGCAUUUCUAGGCGAGCAGGAGAUGUUCACCUUCCGUAGCGUGGAAGAUUUUCGGGAUACCAAUUUCAGUGAGAGGAUCCGGAAAGCUGUCCCCAUUGUUCUAGAAUGGGCACUCAGUAAUAGAACUUGUCACGAAGCUCAAGUUUCCUCGGACUAUGCUUGUAGAAAUAAUAGUUUGUGUGUUGAUACAAACAAUGGUCUUGGAGGUUAUCGUUGCAGCUGUAUCAAAGGCUUCCGAGGAAAUCCUUAUCUCAGUCCCGGCUGCGAAGACAUUGAUGAGUGCGCAGAUCCAAACAGCAACAACUGUGAAAAGAUUUGCAUUAAUACACCUGGAGGUUUUUACUGUUCUUGUCCACACGGCUACUAUGGGGAUGGCUUUAAGGAUAAACGUGGUUGCAUUGCUAAUAACUCCAAAUUUCCUGUAAUCAAGUAUUCCUUAGGUAUUGGAUUUGGGUUCUUGACAUUAGUUAUUGCAGUAACUUGGCUAUAUUUUAGCCUCAAGAAAAGGAAACUCAUAAGAAUGAGGGAGAAAUUCUUUAAGCAAAAUGGUGGAGACACCAUCACCAAGCCAAACUGCCCACGCCGAUGCGGAAAUCUGACAGUUCCAUACCCAUUCGGCAUAGGAAGCGACUGUGCCAUCGGCGAGUGGUAUGAAGUCAACUGCAGCACCGCCUUCAAUCCUCCCAGGGCGUUCAUUGCGGAGACUAAUAUCGAAAUUUACGACAUUUCUGAUAAUCAAAUUCGUAUUGCAAAUCUAGUGGCGAAUAAGUGCUAUAAUGAAUUCGGCGACUUCGUGGACGAACGCGCUGUGUUGGCAGAUAUUACAGGGACACCGUUCAGUUUCUCGGAAUCCAACAAAUUCACCGUGAUUGGGUGUGAUGACUACGCUUUCAUGUUCGGCGAGAAUUUCACUAGUGGGUGUAUUUCUCUGUGUAACAGCACCGAAACUGUACUGGACGGAUAUUGUUCCGGCAUUGGUUGCUGCCAAACAUCGGUGCCAAAGAAUUUUAAGUACUACAGGACCCGAGUGAAGAGUUUUAAUAAUCACACGGGCAUCGCAUCAUUCAAUCCCUGCGGCUAUGCAUUUCUCGGCGAGCAGGAGAGUUUCACCUUCCGUGGCGUGGAAGAUUUUUUGGAUACCAAUUUCACGAAGAGGAUCCGGAAAACUGUCCCCAUUGUUCUAGAUUGGGCAAUCAGUAAUAGAACUUGUCACGAAGCUCAAUUUUCCUCGGACUAUGCUUGUAGAAAUAAUAGUUUCUGUGUUGAUACAAACAAUGGUCUUGAAGGUUAUCGUUGCAGCUGUAACGAAGGCUUCCGAGGAAAUCCUUAUCUCCAUCCCGGCUGCGAAGACAUUGAUGAGUGCGCAGAUCCAAACAGCAACAACUGUGAAAAGAUUUGUAUUAAUACACCUGGAGGUUUUAACUGUUCUUGUCCACACGGCUACUAUGGAGAUGGCUUUAAGGAUGGACGUGGUUGCAUUGCUAAUAACUCCAAAUUUCCUGUAAUCAAGUAUUCCUUAGGUAUUGGAUUUGGGUUCUUGACAUUAGUUAUUGCAAUAACUUCAACCCAUUUUUUCGACGGCGAUUUGCAGUUUGCACUCGAUGGGUUGCUGCGAUUUGAGAUUAGCCCUCGACAGUUGCUGUUGCGAUUUGCAAUCGACGAGGUCGCCAUUGUUUGCGAUGGCGAUUUGCAGUCAUCUCCUCUCCCUGGUGAUCUCCUCUCCAGUCCAUCCUACCACCGUCAUCUCCUCUCUUCUCCCAGGUCUGGCGCCGCACCCAUCCCUCAUCCGAUUCCUAAAUCCACCCUUAUUCAACGACGGGAAACGGUAGCAGCACAGCUGCUCGCACCGUUUCUCCAUUUAGGCGAAGAAGAGGACGCCGAGAAUCUAAAGUCUAAACUCCACCAGACGAUACCGUUCCCCUCCCCUCCUCCUACAAUCCUCCAAUGGCAGACAAAAAUCAUGAGAGCAAAAACACAAAUCCCGCCGUACAUGAAGGCACUAUCGGGGUCAAUGGGAGGUGUGAUGGAGGUGUGA